CUUCCUCGGGCUGGAACCCUCGAGUCGGGGGGCUGUUCCCUCACUCGGCUGAGACUUCUCGGCCCGACAGUCUGCCCUCCCUUCCCUGACUCACUCAAGCCUCCGAACCUCCAUUCUGUUGGCUGAAUGAGUUCGGUCCAGCUCUCCUCUUCCAAUCCCAUUGUUGUAUGGAAAUCUUCCUUGAUUUCAGCACUGGGGAGGGUCCAGGUGCCUCAGUGGUAAAAGAAUCCGCCUGCCAACGCAGGAGACCCCGGAUUGAUCCCUGUUGGGGGAGAUCCCCUGGAGGAGGAAACGGCAACCCACUCCAGUAUUCUUGCCUGGAGAAUCCAAUGGACAGAGGAGCCGGCCGGUUACCGUCCCUGGGGUUGCAAAGAGUGGAGCACGACUGAGCACACCCAUGCACGCAGGCAGUAAUAACAAACCGGAGCGAGAUAACCAAAGUAUCAAUUUUUUGAGACACAAUUCUAAAGAAUGAAGCAACUGAAACCAGAGUUUUCUAGAAUCCUGCUAAAGAUGAAAAAAAACAGAGAAAGAUUCUGCAACCAAGAGAGGGAAUUUGUGUAUAAAUUCAAAGUUGGAAGUCAGUGCUUUGAACUGAGGGUACCCCUCAAAUUUCCUGUUCAAGAGAAUGCCAGUCAUUUACAUGGACGUCUAAUGCUGCUGCACAACUUACCAUGCUUUAUAGAAAAAGACUUAAAAGAAGCUCUGAGCCAGUUUAUCGAAGAAGAAUCUCUCAGAGAUUAUGACAGAGAGGCCGAAGCCGCCCUGGAAGCUGUGAAGUCAGGUGAAGUUGACCUCCAUCAGCUGGCAAGCACAUGGGCCAAAGCCUAUGCAGAGACCACGCUAGAGCACGCGAGGCCUGAGGAGCCCAGCUGGGAUGAAGACUUCGCAGAUGUGUACCAUGACCUCAUCCAUUCUCCAGCCUCUGAAACUCUCCUAAACUUGGAACACAACUACUUCGUCAGUAUCUCUGAACUCAUUGGCGAAAGAGACGUGGAGCUGAAAAAGUUACGGGAGAGGCAAGGUAUUGAAAUGGAAAAAGUGAUGCAGGAGUUGGGAAAGUCACUGACAGACCAAGAUGUGAACACCCUAGCUGCUCAGCAUUUCGAAUCCCAGCAGGACUUAGAAAAUAAGUGGUCCAAUGAAUUAAAACAAUCGACUGCCAUUCAAAAACAAGAGUAUCAGGAAUGGGUAAUUAAACUUCAUCAAGACCUAAAAAAUCCCAACAACAGCUCCCUCAGCGAAGAAAUUAAAGUUCAGCCCAAUCAGUUCAGAGAAUCUGCUGAAGCAAAUGGAAGGGUUUAUGAGGAACAGAGAAAGUUAGAAGAAAGUUUUACCAUCCACUUAGGGGCCCAGCUGAAGACCAUGCAUAACCUGAGGUUGCUGAGAGCAGACAUGCUGGACUUCUGCAAGCACAAGAGGAACCACCGAAGCGGCGUGAAGCUCCACCGACUGCAGACGGCGUUGUCGCUUUACUCCACAUCCCUUUGUGGCCUGGUGUUGCUGGUCGAUAAUCGAAUCAAUUCCUACAGUGGCAUUAAAAGAGAUUUCGCCACGGUUUGCCAAGAAUGCACUGACUUUCAUUUCCCCCGGAUUGAAGAGCAGCUGGAGGUUGUCCAGCAGGUCGUACUUUAUGCGAGAACCCAGCGCAGGAGCAAGUUGAAAGAAUCUCAUGAUUCUGGAAGCCGAAAUGGAGGAAGUGAUGAUAAGACUAAAACUGCAGAUAGAAACUAUUUAAAUAUUUUACCUGGAGAAUUUUACAUCACGCGGCACUCUAACCUCUCAGAAAUACACGUCGCUUUCCACCUUUGUGUGGAUGACAACGUGAAAUCGGGAAACAUCACUGCUCGGGACCCUGCCAUUAUGGGGCUCCGAAACAUUCUCAAGGUUUGCUGUACCCACGACAUCACGACCGUCAGCAUUCCCCUCCUGCUGGUGCACGAUAUGUCAGAGGAAAUGACUAUACCAUGGUGCUUAAGGAGAGCAGAACUUGUGUUUAAGUGUGUCAAAGGUUUCAUGAUGGAAAUGGCCUCGUGGGACGGAGGGAUUUCUAGGACAGUGCAGUUUCUGGUGCCACAGAGCAUUUCUGAAGAGAUGUUUUACCAACUUAGUAACAUGCUUCCCCAGAUCUUCCGGGUGUCAUCGACAUUGACCUUGACCUCCAAGCACUGAGCCCCCACACACCGACACACUGAAGAAGAUGCUGGGAUCCUGUCAAGAAAAGAUGCCCAGAAAGAGAACUUGCCACCCAAGGCACAAAUCCAACCAUGAUAAACGCCUGCUAAACAUUCCAAAAACCCGUAUGUUGUACAGACUGGUGAUCAGCCCCUUACUUAUACAUUCAUUCUUAAGCUCUGUUUAUGGGGGAAAAAAAAGAGUCUUGUUUUUUUUUUUUUUUCCCUACUGUUUCCCUACUGUCCUAUCUGUGAAUAUUAGUGAGUUAAAACUUUGUCUGUUUCACA